AUGACGAAGGAAAACCUGCUGAACACUCUGGAGGAAUUGAGAGAGAAGGAAUUUGAGGACUUCAAGUGGUUCCUAAAGGAUGAAAGUCACCAAGCCAUCAAAGCAUCCCGGCUGGAGAAUGCAGAGAGACGACACACCGUGGAUCUGAUGGUGCAGACCUACCAACUUCCUGGAGCUGUGGAGGUGACCAAGAAGCUUUUAAAGAAGAUCAACAGGAAUGAUGUGCUGCAGAGUUUACCAGACAUCAUCUCAGGACCAGAAGGUCACACAGAUGUGAUUGUUCCAGUACCAGAACCACAACCCAUCUCACAUUACCAAGACAACCUUCAGUCAAACCUCCAGGAUACAUUUAUGUGCAUGCAAGAGGGUUGGGCACAGAAGAAGGAUGAGCAACGCCUGGAUGAUAUCUACACAGAGCUGUACAUCACAGCUGGGGGUGAUGUAUACAUCAACACACAGCAUGAGGUCAGACAGAUUGAGACAGCAAGGAAACCAGCAAACACAGUUAAGCUCAGUGACAUUUUUAAAAUCCCCUCUGGAAGAUAUAAACCCAUCAGAACAGUUCUGACCAAUGGAAUCGCAGGAAUUGGCAAAACAUUCCUUGUGCACAAGUUUGUGUUUGACUGGGCUGAACGACGAACCAAUCAAGAUGUGCAUCUCAUUUUCCCCUUCACCUUCCGUCAGCUGAAUUUACUGAAAGGACAAAAGUUUAGAUUGGCAGAGCUCAUUCAUGAAUGCAUCAGGGAGACCAGAGACAUCAAGGAGGAGGCUCUAAAUCACAUCUUUACAACUCUGCAGUCAUCAGGAAACACCAACUUUGACAAGAGUCAAUACAAACUUCUGUUUGUGUUUGAUGGACUGGAUGAGAGUCGCCUUCAUCUGGAUUUUAAUGUCAAUGAUAUUGGCAAUCUUGAUGUAACAAAGUCAACUGAUGUGGAAGUCCUGCUGAGGCAACUCAUCAACAGAAAAGAGUUAAGCUCAGCUCGCAUCUGGAUAACCACACGACCUGCAGCAGCCAGUCAGAUCCCUCAAGACUUUGUUGACAGCAUGACAGAGGUCAGAGGGUUCACUGACCCACAGAAGGAGGAGUACUUCAGGAAGAGAUUCAGAGAUGAGGAGCAGGCCAGCACCAUCAUCUCUCACAUCAAGACAUCACGAAGCCUCCACAUCAUGUGCCACAUCCCAGUCUUCUGCUGGAUCACUGCUACAGUUCUGGAGGAUGUGUUGAGCAGAGAGGGAGGAGAGCUGCCCAAGACCCUGACUGAGAUGUACAUCCACUUCCUGGUGUUUCAGAUUGAUCGGACAAAAGACAAAUAUGGACCAGAUAAAUGCUUGCAGUACAUUAAGUCAUUAUCAAAACUGGCUUUCAACCAGUUGGAAAAGGGCAACCUGAUCUUCUAUGAGAAAGACCUGAGAGAGAGUGGCAUUGAUGUCAGUGGAGCCUCAGUGUGCUCAGGAGUGUUCACACAGAUCUUUAAAGAGGAGCGUGGAAAGAAGAAUGAUGAAAAGAUGUUCAGCUUUGUCCAUCUGAGCAUUCAGGAGUUUCUGGCAGCUUUCUAUGUAGAGAGGUCUCUAAUUAACAGAAACAAGAAUGUCAUGUCUGAGCCAGGGCAAACUUGUGCAAACCAUGUACAAAUGGUUUUCUGUAAACCAUCUGUGAGAGAGCUCCACAGGUUUGCUAUUGACAAGGCCUUACAGAGUCCAAAUGGACACCUGGACUUGUUCCUUCGCUUCCUCCUGGGUCUUUCAUUGCAGACCAAUCAGACUCUCCUACGAGGCCUACUAAAAAAGAAAAGAAGCUCACAGACCAAUCAGAAAACAGUCAAGUACAUCAAGAAGAAGCUCAGUGAGAAUCUGUCUGCAGAGAGAAGCAUCAAUCUGUUCCACUGUCUGAAUGAACUGAAUGAUCGUUCUCUAGUGGAGGAGAUCCAACAGUUCCUGAGAUCAGGAAGUCUCUCCACAGAUGAACUGUCUCCUGCUCAGUGGUCAGCUCUGGUCUUCAUCUUACUGUCAUCAGAAAAAGAUCUGGACGUGUUUGACCUGAAGAAAUACUCUGCUUCAGAGGAGGCUCUUCUGAGGCUGCUGCCAGUGGUCAAAGCCUCCAACAAAGCUCUGUUGAGUGGCUGUAACCUCUCAGAGAGAAGUUGUGCAGCUCUGUCCUCAGUUCUCAGCUCCCAGUCCUCUAGUCUGAGAGAUCUGGACCUGAGUAACAACAACCUGCAGGAUUCAGGAGUGAAGCAGCUUUCUGCUGGACUGGAGAGUCCACACUGUGGACUGGAAACUCUCAGGUUGAGUGACUGUAACCUCUCAGAGAGAAGCUGUGCAGCUCUGUCCUCAGUUCUCAGCUCCCAGUCCUCUAGUCUAAGAGAUCUGGACCUGAGUCACAACAACCUGCAGGAUUCAGGAGUGAAGCAGCUUUCUGCAGGACUGGAGAGUCCACACUGUGGACUGGAAACUCUCAGGUUGAGUGACUGUUACCUCUCAGAGAGAAGCUGUGCAGCUCUGUCCUCAGUUCUCAGCUGCCAGUCCUCUAGUCUGAGAGAUCUGGACCUGAGUAACAACGACCUGCAGGAUUCAGGAGUGAAGCAGCUUUCUGCUGGACUGAUGAGUCCACACUGCGGACUGGAAACUCUCAGUCUGUCAGGAUGUCUGAUCACAGAGGAAGGCUGUGCUUCUCUGGCCUCAGCUCUGAGCUGCAACCCCUCCCAUCUGAGAGAGCUGGACCUGAGCUAUAAUCAUCCAGGAGACUCAGGAGAGAAGCUUCUGUCUGCUGGACUGGAGGAUCCACACUGGAGACUGGAAACUCUCAGGAUGGACCAUGGUGGACCGCAGAGACUGAAACCUGGUGUGAGGAAGUAUGCCUGUGAACUGAAACUGGAUCCAAACACAAUGCACAGAAACCUCAAACUGUAUGACAACAACAGGACAGUGACACGUGUGAAGGAGGUUCAGUCAUAUCCUGAUCAUCCAGACAGAUUUGACUCCUAUCCUCAGCUGCUGUGUAGAAAUGUUCUAACUGGUCGCUGUUACUGGGAGGUCGAGUGGAGAGGAGACGUUUAUAUAUCAGUGAGUUACAGAAGAAUCAGCAGGAAAGGAGGCAGAGAUGACUGUGUGUUUGGAAGGAACGAUCAGUCCUGGAGUCUGAUCUGCUCUGCUGGUGGUUACUCUGUCUGGCACAAUAAGAGACAAACAUCCAUCUCCUCCUCCUCCUCCUCCUCCUCAGUAGCAGUGUAUGUGGACUGUCCUGCUGGCACUCUGUCCUUCUACAGAGUCUCCUCUGACACACUGAUCCACCUCCACACCUUCAACACCACAUUCACUCAACCUCUGUAUGCUGGGUUUACAGUCUGGUCCUGGUCUGGUUCAGUCUCUCUGUGUCCUCUGUAGGAGGGAGAGUCUCUCUGGUUCCUCUGUAGGAGGGAGAGUCUCUCUGUCCUCUGUAGGAGGGAGAGUCUCUCUGGUUCCUCUGUAGGAGGGAGAGUCUCUCUGGUUCCUCUGUAGGAGGGAGAGUCUCUCUGUCCUCUGUAGGAGGGAGAGUCUCUCUGGUUCCUCUGUAGGAGGGAGAGUCUCUCUGGUUCCUCUGUAGGAGGGAGAGUCUCUCCUGUGGACAGAAACUCUGCUGACUGAAGAUCAGCUGCUGAAAUCAAACAUCACACACACUCUGCACUGUGAAGCAGAUCUGUCUCAGACUCAAACACUCAGUUAUUUUUCCUUCUACAUGAUUCAUUGAUUAGUCUCAGUUGACUCUGCUGUUGUUACUGUCAGGAUCCAAUGAUUAUUUUACUGUAACACAAU